GUUUUGGUCUUUCCGGAAUACUUAAUAUGCAAAUUGAUAAAGCUAAUUCAUACGAGUAACAGUACAAAAGGUGGCACUACGUGUUUCUAAUUUAAAAUAGCAAAUUUUAAUAAAAAUGCGUUGGGCCAUCAUUUUGGCGGUGCUCAGUGUCGCAUUAGCGUCAGCGGCACCACAGCAGCGUAUAGUCGGCGGACAACCCACCACCAUCAACAAAUACCCGUUCGCUGCUCAUGUACAGACCGGAUUACUAGGCGUGCUGUACGGCCCUCUAUGUGGGGGUUUCAUAAUCAGUAACAUGGUGGUGAUAUCCGCAGCACAUUGCUUCCAGGGUUCUCCACUCCUGACAUACCGCGUGCGUCUUGGAAGCUCCUACUCUGCCAGUGGAGGAUCCAUCUUCAAUCUACGCUCAUUACUGAACCACCCUGACUAUGUCGACCGAACCCUAGUGAACGACGUGGCCAUACUAAAACUGCUCAGGCCUAUCGUAUUCAGUGAUGUCAUGAAAGCGGCUCGCAUCCCUUCCAGUGCGUAUGUGGUGGCUGAUGACACUGAAUUGACUGUGGUCGGUUGGGGCAAUUUGUAUAGCGCAGGCCCCGCCCCCGAGAUGCUCCAUGAAGUGCAGGUGAACAAAGUCAACACGACAAUCUGCGCCGAACGCUACAGAGCCCUCAAUGCUUCAUCAUCUUACCCGUACCCUGAAGUCACCGACACGAUGUUAUGCAGUGGCGUGGACGUUGACCGCAAAGGUUUCUGUCAAGGAGACUCGGGGGGUCCUGUCUUCAUGAAUAACGAUAUUGUAGUUGGAAUCGUCUCCUGGAGUCACCUUGAAUGCGCCGAGCCCACGUACCCUGGCGUCAGCACUCUCGUCAGUGCUUUCACUGACUGGAUUCUUGCGAAUGCUGCUUAACUGUGUGUAUUGUAACUAAUAUCUGUUAACAUAAAUUUUAAUAAAUGUAUGAUUUGUAUAUA